AAAUAACGCAAUAGAAAAACAUAAAUAAGUACGAAAAGUAGAGAGAGACGCGGAAAACAAGGCACUAAAGGCCCAAGACGACGACGACGACGACGGCGACGAAACAGCAGGCAAGCAAGCAAAGAAGUAAGUAGAAGAGGAAGGACACAAGCACGAAACGGACAAAAGGGAAGGAAGGACGGAAGGAAGGCAGCCAAAGAAUAGAGGUGGAGUAGCACUAACAGCAGCAGGAGCAGCAGAAGCAACAGCAUCAGCAUCAGCAGCAGCAGUAGCAGCAGCCGGAACCGGACAGCAAAGGACUAGCAGUAGAGAGAAUCGAGCUCAAUUACGCCGCCAAACUGUCGUGUCAGCAACAACGUGAAAUGUGCAAUUCCUGGCUGCUGCUCAUAAUUGCGCUCUCUGUUGUCGUCUGCCUGUGGAACUCGCAACAAACCGAAACAUCCAAAUCAUGCCCAGCCGAGUGCAUCUGCUUGUCCCAGACUCAAGUGCUGUGUAACACGGGCGGUCUCGACCAGAUACCAUUGCGACAAUUGCCAGCAACUGUUGAAAAUCUGGCGCUAACGAAAAACAAUUUUCCGAUCAUCAAACCGGACUCAUUUGCCGGUCUGCGUGCAUUAAAGAAACUCUCGCUGGAUGGCAAUAAUAUAACACGCAUCAAGCAGUUUGCCUUUCGCGGACUGCCCCGUCUCAAGGAGCUAUCCAUACAGUAUACACCAUUGCAGACGGUUGCCCAAUUCGCAUUUGCCGGUCUGCAGAAUUUAUCGACAAUAUUAUUGAGUCACAAUCAAAUUCAACGCAUUGAGGGCAAUGCAUUUGCUGGCACCUCAAAUAUCAAGUUGAUUCUGCUCACAAACAAUCCGCUGAUACGUAUCGAUAGUUCGGCCUUCUCCAGUCUAACGAAUGUCGGUCAUUUGAUUCUACCGUCGGGCAUAAGAAGCAUUGAACAGGACGCCUUCUUUGGCAUGGAUGCGGUGGGUCUGCUGAAGCUUGCCUAUAUGGAUCUUAAAGAGAUCUCACCAUUCACCUUUCGUGGGCUAUCGAAUGUUCUGUUGCUAACGUUACAGGAAUCCGAUUUGGGUGUGAUCUGUGCCGAUGCAUUUACCGGUCUGACUCAAGUGGAUACACUACAGAUAUUGAACAAUAAGAUUGAUUCAAUUGAGGAGCUCAAUUUCACCAAUACGGCAGCCAUUAAACAUUUGAAAUUCCAUGGCAAUCAUGUACUUGAGACACCUGAUCCGAAUGCCAUCAUUGUGGAUGGUGUUGAUCAUUUGCAGCUAAUUAACAAUCAUUUUCCCUGCGGCUGUCAUAUACACACUCUACUGGAUGGCCCACUAGCCGAGGGGGCUCACAAUCUGAGUGAGUUUCUACAAAAGAACUAUUGCAUUUCGCCCCUGGAGGUGAAUGGCAGGGUGAUGAGUGAACUGGAUAUUGAUUCAAUCGGUCGAUGUACGGAUCAAUUGACUAAAGGCAAUUUGGGCUCAUCGGCAGCCUCUCUUGCCCUGGGCAUUAAGUGCUCCAUGUUCCUGAUGGCAGUGGCCAGUUGUGUGGAAUGGCGUUAUGUGCGUCUGCUGGCCCAGCUCUUUGCCUGGCGGCGGCGAAGGAAACGACGAAGGGCCACCAGCUGCACCAGCACCAACUCCAAUUAGAA